AUGGCAGCAAUAUGGUUUGGAUUGUUGAUAAUUAUUGUAAAUAUUGUAUUACUAAUUGCGUAUGUACAAACAGAUGACUUGGAGUACAUGAGGCCGGAGGAACGCGAGUCUCUCAAGGAGGAAGCGCGUGACAUGUUUUACCACGCGUACAACGCGUACAUGUCAAACGCGUACCCAGCGGAUGAAUUAAUGCCGCUGAGCUGCAAGGGCCGGUACCGAGGCUCCGAGCCUGACCGCGGAGACAUUGAUUCCACUCUAGGAAACUUCUCGCUGACACUAGUGGACACUUUAGAUACCCUGGUGGUGCUUGGAGACCUGGAGGAGUUUGAGAAUGCGGUCAAGCUGGUGGUCCGUGACGUCAGCUUUGACACUGACGUUAUUGUCUCGCUGUUUGAGACUAACAUCCGGAUGCUUGGAGGACUCCUCAGCGGACACAUCCUCAGCGAGUACCUACAGGUGAGGGCUGAUAUUAUGCCCUGGUAUCGCGGCGAGCUCCUCAACAUGGCCAAGGACCUGGGGUACAGGUUUCUUCCUGCGUUCAAUACCACCACUGGGAUUCCCUACGGGAGGAUCAACCUCAGGCACGGAAUGAAAAAUGUUCCUGCGGAGAUGUGCAGGGAAACUUGCACUGCUUGCGCCGGCAGUAUGAUCUUGGAGAUGGCUGCGCUGUCCAGGUUGACUGGCGAGGGAAUUUUCGAGGAAAAGGCCCAGAAAGCAAUGGACGCACUCUGGAAGAUGAGGCACCGCGGGACUGAUCUCAUGGGAUCGGUUCUUAAUGUUCAUUCUGGUGAUUGGGUCAGGAGGGACUCUGGUGUUGGUGCUGGGAUUGAUUCUUACUAUGAGUAUUGCUUGAAAGCUUAUAUUUUAUUGGGUGAUGAAAAAUAUCUCGGAAGGUUUAAUAAACAUUAUUCAGCUGUCAUGAAGUAUGUAAGUCAAGUAUUACAACGUCACAAUUUUAUUCCUGAAGCAUUUACAACAGAUUUCCAAGUCCACUGGGGCCAUCAUCCGUUGCGUCCCGAGUUUUUAGAAUCAACUUAUUACCUCUACCGCGCGACUGGCGAUCAUUACUACUUGGCAGUUGGUCGCAAAGUAUUAAAAAGUCUUCAAACGUACGCCCGAGUACCCUGCGGUUACGCAGCAGUAUCUGACGUUCGUACCAACAAGCACGAUGACACUAUGGAGAGUUUUGUAUUGUCUGAAACGUUUAAAUAUUUGUAUUUACUCUUCGCUGAAUCCAGUGAUCUUGUUUUGGAUAUAGACGAGUUUAUAUUCACGACUGAGGGCCAUUUGUUGCCUCUUACGUUGGCUUCGCUUAGGACCAACGUGUCUUCUGAUGUAGAUAUUGAUACAGUUGAGUUUGAUGAAUUGGACCGGACGUGUCCAAAUAGUUUGCACUUAUUUCCAGCGUCUGUCCGUAAACCUUUGCGCAAUAUGGUUGAAGAUGUAUGCCCUAGAAGAUCUAUGAGACGACGUAUAAGUGCUGCACAAUUUCAAGCAAAUAAUUUAGAUCAUCUAAAAAUAUUAAGUAAUAUGGGUAUUACUGUUCUAACAAUGGCUGACGGACGGAUGCAAUUAUUGCACACAUUUUCCAACGCUAAAACAAUGGAAGACGCUGAGGAAGGUUUGAUGUUUAUGCAAGAAAUGGUUGAGUUGAACCGCAGACAGUCACAGGAAUCGGACAAACAGCGAUUGGCAUUGACGAUAAAGCGGAAAGAUGUCAAUAAAGAUUUGACAUUACUUGGUGGUCCCGCGCAAUUUGGACUUCAAUUAUCUGGCUCUGUAAAAAUUACCGGCAAGCCGGUAUUAACAGAACCAAAAGAAGCCUGCAGCGAGUUGACGAAUGUUGAUAUGAUUAAAGGAAAUAUCGCUGUUAUAUUCCGGGGGAACUCCGGCGCUAUUGGUGGAAUUGUAUUGGAUACCGUAAUUGGCUCGACCAUAGAAUCAUCACCAAUGUUUGCAAUGUCAGGUGACGGUAUCACGAGAGAUAAUAUUAAAAUUCCAUUUGCAUUUUUAUUUAAUAUAGAAGCUAAUGAACUUGUUCGAGCUAUCAGUGAGAGUAAUGGAGCUAUCACAGUCACAAUGGGCAAUUACGCCAAUGACGGAGUAGAAAAAAGUGAUUCCGACAAUUACUUGUCCAUGUUUGAAAGGCUUAAAUCAUCGGUGAAAGAAUUUUUGACGCGGCCAUCAACGACUGAAAAUACGCCAAAUACAAUCAGCGCGCCAGCGCUAGACAACAAAGAAGAAAUGAUAAUCGACAAAGAUCAUUUGCGUGCAAUAAUUCCCCGAGAAUCUGCAGUUAAGAACAAACAGAACCGCGAUUUAGUUUUGUUUGCCAAAUUAAUGUUUAAUAAAAAUUCGCCAUUGGUUAGUGCGACUACACCGUCCUCUACGACAGAACUUUCAGCAUUUGAAAAAGGUUGGAAAGUCGUGAAGCAAUUUUUGAUCAAUCAGAUCUAUGUAAACACUAAAUUCCCACCGUACCAAGUGAUUUCUGUUGGAAGAAUCGAAACUUACUACGAUUGGAUUCAAAAAGAACGUAAUCCGAAGAGUCCGAUAAAAAGCGAGGAACUGAACACGUUUGAACUUGUCACGUGGUUCAUUGACGAAUUAAGUGACACGUUGCCUAAUUUUGAUAAGGCAAAUUCAUUUGGGAGCAUUUCUAAAGUUUCAAAGUCGCUGAUUCAAAAAUUGAGCUCCUCGAUCAGCAAAAAUGACAUAAUUAAUAUCGACACUAAUGAAGAUAUUGAAGGUUAUAAUGAAGAUAAUACCAAGGAUGAUAAAAAAUUGGGUAAUAUUAUGGAGACGUAUAAAAUUUAUGAUAAUUUGAUGGAAAAUAUUCAAGAUGUUUUGAAGAAUUUAAAAACUGAAUUUAAAAGCAAGGGUUUGGAUGAUAAUAAUAGUAAUGUUGGGAAUAAUAAUAAUAAUAAUAAUAAUAAUAAUAAUAAUAAUGAUAAUUUGAUAGUUCCAAAUUACUCUAAUCAAACUAAUCAAAAUUCGGUAAUUGCUGAGGAAAAAAAAACUGGCGAUGAAAUUAAUAUCAAAGAUAACGUUAUUGAUAAUGAAAAUAAAGGCGAUGCGAGUAGUGAAGAUAGAAUAGAUAGUGAAAAUAACGCAAUUAAUAAAGAUAAUGCGACAAAAAGUAACGAUGAAUUAUAA